CCACGUGAGGACCAAUAACCUCCAGUACACCACGUGAGGACCAAUAACCUCCAGUACACCACGUGAGGACCAGUAGCCUCCAGUACACCACGUGAGGACCAAUAACCUCCAGUACACCACGUGAGGACCAAUAACCUCCAGUACACCACGUGAGGACCAAUAACCUCCAGUACACCACGUGAGGACCAAUAACCUCCAGUACACCACGUGAGGACCAGUAGCCUCCAGUACACCACGUGAGGACCAAUAACCUCCAGUACACCACGUGAGGACCAAUAACCUCCAGUACACCACGUGAGGACCAAUAACCUCCCAGUACACCACGUGAGGACCAAUAACCUCCAGUACACCACGUGAGGACCAAUAACCUCCAGUACACCACGUGAGGACCAGUAACCUCCAGUACACUAAGGACAUUACCACACACCAAGAUGCCUCAAUUGAAUCGAGCAGAAAAAGCUCCGUCUGCUGAGUCAUCAAAUGUGGGCACACCCGUAGAAACUGAGGUUGCAGCAUUCUUCUCCACCAAGUAUGAAUCUGUGACAAGCAUAUCACUCUCUAAGACAGAAUAUUGCUUACACUUGGCUCAUGAUGCUAGCUGGGAGAAUUUAGCUGCUGCAGUGUCAGAUAAUUCUGUGACAAUACUGAAGAGAGAAACACUUCAAAAUAUGUCUAGUUUUGAGCCUCAUGAAAAAUGUAUCACUGGGUUAAGAUUCACUCCUAGCAGCAAUAAUCAACUUUGGACCAGCAGUACUGAUGGCUUGGUGAAAAUGUGGGAUAUUAGGUCUAAUAAGUGUGAAAAAGAAUUUAUAGGAAAGACUAAAAAUUCAUCUGUAUUAAAACCUGUUACUUGUUUUGAUAUGUCAUAUAAUGAAAGGAUAUUAUGUGCAGGGACUGAAUUGGUUGAAAGUGAAGCUUUUCUUUUAUUCUGGGAUAUACGUUCUGAUAAAGUGUUAGGGAGCUAUUGGGAAUGUCACACAGAUGAUAUCACCCAGGUUAAAUUUAACCCUUCACAGGAAGAUACUAUGGCAACAGCUGCUACGGAUGGACUUAUUAAUGUGUUUGAUAUUUCACAAAAGACUGAGGGGGAUGCUCUUACAUAUUGCAUGAAUGCUGAAGUGACAGUUGGUAAAUUGUCAUGGUUGAGCAAGAAUGGCCGACAUGAACGAUUAUCUGGAAUAACGGAUAUAGAGUCUUUGCAGUACUGGGAUAUCAGGGAGGCUGCACCUUUGUAUAAGUACAGUAGAGGAGAGGUAUGUAAUGCUAUGAAGUCCCUAACACCAGAUGAAUGCUAUCUGGCCUCAGUGCACAUGUCAGGUGAUGGGGAUAAUCCUGUUGUACUGACUGGCAUUUGCACGGAGGAAGCAAAUAAUCAUCUCUGUACUUUGAAACUUGAUACUCACACUGGACAAUUGAAGCCACAUGGGUAUUUUAUUUCUAAGCAGCACUUGCUAAUGACACGGGCAGCUUUAUACCACGUUGGGGCUGACUCGUUUGUCACUGCAGGAGAAUGUGGGAUAGUGAGGGUGUGGAGGCCAGGGUCCACUGAAUGUGUAGGCAAAACCUCUCUUACCAAGCUCACCAAAAACCAGAGAUCAAAACCUUACUAGCUUAAAAUAGCUUAGUAAUAUUAAUUUGUUAAAAUAAGAAUUGUGAUAUUAAGACACUUUACACUUAAAGAAUAUUGUCAAAAAUGUUGACUAAGGAUGAAUUAUGAACAUGUUAUGGUACCAUAAGCUCAGGAAUAGUUGUUAAGUAAGCUUGGUCAGUUUCAGAAGACUGCUUAGUUAAGGUUAAUUAGAUAUAAUGCUUUAAUGAUAUAGUGAUUAGUUAAGCAUUUAAGAAUGUUCAGAGAUUACUUCCAACAAAAUUCACUGAAAUAUACCAAUUCAGCAAUGCUUUAGUAAGAGUCCAGUUAUUUUGUAUUAAUGAACAGUUCAAUAUGAGUAUGUUGUGAAAUUUCUCCUUUACUGAUAGCUAAACAAAAGUGUAUUACAGUAUUGUAUUUUUUAGGUGUUACUUUAAUAUGCAAAAAGUUUUUGAGGAGAUACAUUAUAAAUUCAUUAUUUUAAAAAUAUUUGGAUAUCUUUGAAUAUAAAUAGACUUAAUCAUUCUGUGGAAUCUGCUGUGAGUAAUUCGUCUGUGAUCAAAAGGUUCCAAGAUUAUAAAUAUGCUGUAUAAAUUUUGCAGUUGUUGAUGAUUUAUACAAUUAUGUAAUUUUUGUAUAAUGCUAAUUUUUGUUAUAGAUGGAGUAAUGUUUUAGAAUAAUUACCAGUGUUUGUUCUUAAGUAAAAUCUCAUAAACAGUUGUAUAUAAAAUAAUGUAUUUUCAUACCUGCAUGUUUUCAUUAUGUUUUAAAAGUCUGGAAGUUGUGUAAGACAUUUUCACAGAUAAACUUAGGAAAAUCAAGUAUUUUACCAUAUAAACUCCAGAUAAAUUGUAAUGAAUGAUCAUUUAUUCGUUUUGUCACAUGUUUAUGUAUAACAAGGCAAUACUAAGCUUAUGCUUAUUAAUAAUAAAUACUUCUGUAACAGC